CAGUUGUGAGAGCAGAUGAAGAUUCAAAGGGCAGAAAGAGGAAGGCAGGAACAGUGAGACUUAGAAAAAGGAGUGGUCAUUCUAUGAGACUGCAUCAGUCUGUGUCAUUUUUAUUUGCUGGUAUCAGUAUAUACUUGAACUACUUUUUUCCAUACCCGUUAAUUGAACUGGUUCUUUUUUGGGGUUUUUUGUUAAGUUUGAACACCAACUAGGAAAACGUAGGAAAAAGUCAAGGGGGAAAAAAGAAACCUGGACCAUCUGGAUGCAGAGGAUUCUGAGGUUUAUGUUUUGGUUGUUUAAACUUUCCUUACACAGAUCUGGACACUGUUCGCUUCUUCACCAUGAUGGGCAGGUGGAACCUCCUGAUACUGGUUCUGUUCCUCUCCUCUGUCAUUGUCCCAUCUGAGUCAGACUGCCCUGCAGGAUUUAUUACUUCUGAUGAAGGAUGCAUUGAUGAGAAUGACUGUGCUGUUGAUGAAGACUAUCCUGAAGAUGUUGGGAAAUGUGGAGAAAAUACGCUAUGCUUUAACACAAAUGGCAGCUUCUACUGUCAGUGUGCUAAAGGUUUCAGGUCAUCAACACUGACUGUGAAUUUUACCGGUGGAUCAUCUGCAACGUGUAGAGAUAUUAAUGAAUGCUCGGACAUGAAAGACAUCUGUGGACCUAAUGCCAUAUGUUUCAACACAAUUGGCAAUUAUUCCUGCAUUUGUGAUGAUGGAUUCGUUUCCACAACUGGAGUGGAAAGUUUUCGUUAUGGUGACAACGUGAAAUGCAUAGAUCGUGAUGAAUGUGAAGAGGAAAACAUUUGUGGUCAGAAUGCAGCAUGUGUCAACACACCAGGUGGUCAUCAUUGUGUCUGCAACGCUGGCUUUGGACUUAAAUCUGGCAAAUCUACCUUUUCUGGAAAUGAGGAGCAAUGUGAAGACAUAUGUAUGACUGAUAAGACAAUCUGCGGAAAUGGAACCUGCCACCAUGAAGCCACUGGUCAUUACUGUGCAUGCCAUGCAGGAUUCACCAACUACGGCAACAAAACGUCUCGCUGCACUGAAUUAAACUGUGAUGUUUUCAAAGAUGCAAACAAUGUAAAAGAGCUAAUUCCCAUUGCCCAUGAUUUCAUGAGGCAGCUGAACAAAAGCUGUCUGGACCUCACGGAGAGUGAAAAUCCGAAAGAGCUCGACGGGGACAUCAUGCUAAAGUUACUGCUGUCUAUAAUCGACAAGGUCUUGUCCAGUGGAGUCUUCAAUACUAACAAGGAAGUCUCCACCUUUCUGGACUUGGUGGAGGAAGCUCUGAGGCUCAUAGGACCCUUCGUAAAGUCCCCAAGGACAAAUAUAUCCUCUAAUCAUGCAGAGCUGCAGCAUCUGCUGCAUAAAGGGUCUGUCAUUCCCCAAGGAGCUACGACUUUAUCAUCUAAGCAAGCUCAGCUGGACAUCCAGCUAGAAGUGGCUGCUGGACAUCCUUCCUAUUACCCAGGCUUUACAACAGUGUCCCUGCUGAGCUAUUCAAACCUGGAAAACUCUGCAAAUGGCUUCUCUGGGGGGAUGAAACCAGAAAAGAACCAGAGUUUCAAGAUAAACUCCAAAGUGGUCACUGUCGCUGUCAGUAACAGAAACACAAGCCACCUUAAAGAGGAGGUCAAACUCACUUUGUACCACCUGAAAAAGUCAAAUCAAACUUCACACACCUGUGUGUUCUGGGAUUCCUCGGAGAAAGGAGGGUCAUGGUCUGCACGUGGCUGUGAGGUGGUGGAGUCCAACAUGGAGUACACUGUGUGUUCCUGUAACCAUCUGAGCAGCUUUGCUGUGCUCAUGUCCCUCUGUGAGAUGAAGGACAAGUUUGAGUUGCAGCUGAUCACCUGGGUGGGUCUGUCCCUUUCUUUAAUUUGCCUGUUCAUCUGCAUCCUGACAUUCUCAAUGAUCCGCUCCAUCCAAAGCCCAAGAACCACCAUCCACCUUCACCUCUGCAUCAGCCUCUUCACUGCUAACCUGAUCUUCCUCGCAGGCAUCUCUCGAACAGAGAAUCGGGUUGGCUGUGCAGUGGUAGCAGGGAUGCUGCAUUUCUUCUAUAUGGCAGCAUUUUGCUGGAUGUGUCUGGAGGGCAUACAGCUCUUCAGGAUGGUAGUCCUGGUCUUCAACACCAGCUUCAAAACCCUCUACAUGAUGGCAGGUGGAUAUGGAGUCCCAGCUGUAAUUGUUGCUGUCUCUGCCUUAGCCAAUGCCGAAGGAUACGGCACUGACAAAUACUGUUGGCUAAAACUGGAAUUCAUUUGGAGUUUCUUUGGCCCUGUCUGUGUCAUCAUCUCUGUAAACAUUUUCUUUUUUCUCAUCACUGUGUGGAAACUGGCACAGAAAUUCUCAAGUUUAAACCCUGACCUGGACAAGCUGCAGAAGAUAAAGGCAUUCACCGUUACUGCAGUGGCUCAGCUGUGUGUGCUGGGCACCAUGUGGAUCUUUGGUUGUUUCCAGUUUGAGGAGGGCACUGUGGUCAUGUCUUACCUCUUCACCAUCUUUGGUAGCCUUCAGGGGCUUAUGAUCUUUGUCAUGCACUGUCUGUUUUCCAAACAGGUGAGAGAAGAGUAUGGAAACAUCUUGUCCAGAUGUUGUGCACCUCAGAAGAAGCGCUACUCAGAGUUCAGUUCCUCCCAUUCCAGCAAAGCACAUGCAUCCAAGAGCACCCAGGACACAGGAGAGUCUCAUAUUUGAGGGGCUGAACAGUGAUUUGGGAGAAAAGUCUGAUUUGCUGAACACUGCUACGUCAGAUAAACAGUCAACUACUGAUCUCCCAGUCAAUGGCUAAUGCACCAGUUCCUUUGCUGCAAAAUUUUGUAAAUAGUAUCAUUCUUUAUCAUAAGUGGGUCUUAAAGAAUUAGAUUAUCUAUUGAAAUAAAAUAAUUUAACCUACUGCAAAUUAAGGAUGGAAAAGACUAUUGACAGCAUUAACAUGACACAGAUUAUUAUUGUCAUCAAAAGCUGUUAACAUUGCAGAUGAUUAGAGCCCAUAAUGUGCUUUACUUUAAUGCAUAUAGUUAUUUUAUCUGUGUUUCCCUAAACACACACACACACAACAUUAAUUAAGUUUCGAAAAAUUAAUGCACAAAACUUCCAACUUUUCAUUUUAAAAUAAUAUUAGCUGAUUUUGGAACAAAAUUGUGGUGACUUUGUGAAAUCCUGCUUGAUCAGGUAUACAUAAUAAUGCUUGUUGUGUCAUCCAGGUACUUUACUGAACCAGCAGAGGCAAACUAAGAAAUAUUUCUGACACAAGCACUUUCUAUUGUCCACAAUCUUUAAAUUGUUAACAUUUAAUAUGACCCAAAAGAGAAGGACAAGUAUAAGACAGAGAUAUAUUUUUAUUGCUUGUUUGUAUAUAUAUUGCUGAGCAACUCAAUAUGUAUGUAUAUUUGACUGCACUCAUGCUCUGUGUAUUUUAUCUAAAUAUUUAAGAAAAGUUUGUUUAUUGUCAAGUUCAGAUAAUAAAUGUUUCAUAACUGGAAUUUCAAAGAUAAUAUUGUAUUCUGGAAUAAUAUUACAGUUGUAGACAUUUGUUUUGUUAGGUUAAAAUGAUUAGACUUUUUAUUUCCAGUUCGCCUGUUACAUAUUUCCUAGUGUGCAUUAUUUUAAAUGAUGUUUUAAUUGUUUGUAAGCCUUUUCAUCUUUUGUCCUGGGAGCUUUCAACAAAAUAAAUAUUUUGAUGUACCUCA